AUGUCUUCAGAAACCUUUGAGUUUCAGGCUGAGAUCUCUCAGUUGCUCUCCCUCAUCAUCAACACCGUCUACUCCAACAAAGAGAUCUUCCUACGAGAAUUGAUCUCCAACGCUUCAGACGCCCUUGACAAGAUCAGAUAUGAAGCUCUCUCGGAUCCCAGCAAGCUGGAUUCCGGCAAGGAUCUCAGAAUCGACAUCAUUCCAGACAAGGAGAACAAGACCUUGACUAUCCGCGAUACUGGUAUCGGCAUGACCAAAGCUGAUCUCGUUAACAAUCUCGGUACCAUUGCUCGCUCUGGCACCAAGCAGUUUAUGGAGGCAUUGAGCGCAGGUGCUGAUGUUUCUAUGAUCGGCCAGUUCGGUGUCGGUUUCUACUCUGCCUACUUGGUCGCUGACAAGGUGACUGUCAUCUCAAAGAACAAUGAUGAUGAGCAAUACAUCUGGGAAUCCAGCGCAGGUGGUACCUUCAAGAUCGUGCAAGAUGCCGAUGGUGAAGAUAUCGGCCGUGGAACAAAGAUCAUCCUGCACCUCAAGGAUGAGCAGACUGACUACCUGAAUGAGUCCAAGAUCAAGGAGGUUGUCAAGAAGCACUCCGAAUUCAUCUCAUACCCGAUCUACCUCCAUGUCCUGAAAGAGACUGAGAAGGAGGUUCCUGAUGAGGACGCCGAAGAAGUCGAGGAAGAUGAUGAGAAGAAGCCUAAGAUCGAAGAGGUCGAUGAUGAUGAGGAAGAGAAGAAGCCCAAGACCAAGAAGGUCAAGGAGUCCAAGAUUGAGGAAGAAGAACUCAACAAGACUAAGCCCAUCUGGACUCGCAACCCUUCAGACAUCACCCAGGAGGAGUAUGCUUCUUUCUAUAAGUCUCUGUCCAACGAUUGGGAAGACCAUUUGGCCGUCAAGCACUUCUCUGUUGAGGGUCAGCUUGAGUUCCGCGCCAUUCUGUUCGUCCCUAAGCGUGCUCCCUUCGAUCUGUUCGAAACCAAGAAGACCAAGAACAACAUCAAGUUGUAUGUCCGUCGUGUCUUCAUCACUGAUGAUGCCACCGAUCUGAUCCCGGAAUGGCUCAGCUUCGUCAAGGGUGUCGUCGACUCGGAAGAUCUUCCCCUCAACUUGUCUCGUGAGACUUUGCAACAGAACAAGAUCAUGAAGGUCAUCAAGAAGAACAUUGUCAAGAAGACCCUCGAACUCUUCAAUGAGAUUGCCGAGGAUCGUGAGCAAUUCGACAAGUUCUACACUGCCUUCAGCAAGAACAUCAAGCUCGGUAUCCACGAGGAUUCUCAGAACCGUCAAUCACUUGCCAAGCUACUUCGAUUCAACUCUACCAAGUCUGGUGAAGAGACCACCUCUCUUACCGACUACAUCACCCGCAUGCCAGAACACCAGAAGCAGCUCUACUACAUCACCGGCGAGUCUCUCAAGGCUGUUCAGAAGUCUCCCUUCCUCGACUCCCUCAAGGAGAAGAACUUUGAAGUCUUGUUCUUGGUUGACCCCAUUGAUGAGUACGCCAUGACUCAGUUGAAGGAGUUCGAAGGCAAGAAGCUUGUCGACAUCACCAAGGACUUUGAGCUCGAGGAGACCGAUGAGGAGAAGAAGGAGCGUGAAGCCGAGGAGAAGGAAUAUGAAGGUCUCGCAAAGAGCCUCAAGAAUGUUCUCGGUGACAAGGUUGAGAAGGUUGUUGUUUCUCACAAGCUCACCGGCUCUCCUUGUGCUAUCCGAACUGGUCAAUUUGGUUGGUCUGCCAACAUGGAACGUAUCAUGAAGGCACAAGCUCUCCGUGACACAUCCAUGUCUUCGUACAUGUCCUCCAAGAAGACCUUCGAAAUCUCACCCAAGUCGCCCAUCAUCCGAGAACUCAAGAAGAAGGUUGAAUCUGAUGGUGAGAACGACCGAACUGUCAAGUCCAUCACUCAACUUCUCUUCGAGACCUCCCUCCUUGUCUCUGGUUUCACUAUUGAGGAACCUGCUGGCUUUGCUGAGCGUAUCCACAAGUUGGUGUCUCUUGGUCUGAAUGUUGAUGAGGAUGUCGAGACUUCGUCAGAGAAGGACGCUGAUGAGGCCCCAGCCGCCGAGGCUGAGGGUGCCAGCACCAUGGAGGAAGUUGAUUAG